UGUCCAUCCUCAAUCUUAUCCAUACAAGUUCACCAGCUUCUUCUGCAACUAGAGCGAGAGCGAGAGAGAGGGAGAGGGAGAGAGAGAGAGAGAGAGAGAAGAAAUGGCGACGAUGGGAAGGAACAUAGCAGGGCCGCUGCUGUUUCUCAACCUGGUCAUGUACCUCAUCGUGGUCGGCUUCGCCAGCUGGUGCCUCAACCGCUUCAUCAACGGCCAAACCGGUCACCCCAGUUUCGGAGGGAACGGCGCGACCAUGUUCUUCCUCAUCUUCGCGCUCCUGUCCGGCGUCAUCGGGAUCAUCUCGAAGCUCGCCGGCGCCAGCCACAUCAGGGCUUGGCGGAACGACAGCCUCGCCGCGGCCGCGUCCUCCGCGCUCAUCGCCUGGGCCAUCACCGCCCUCGCCUUCGGGUUGGCAUGCAAGGAGAUAAACGUGGGAGGGCACAGAGGGUGGAGGCUGCGAGUGCUGGAGGCGUUCAUAAUAAUACUGACCUUCACUCAGCUCCUGUACUUGCUGCUGCUCCACGCCGGCCUCUUCAACAGCCGCUACGGGCCGGGUUACCGGGACACCCCUUACGGCAGCAGCGCCGCCGCCGCCGCCGGCGACCCUUACAAGGGCGGCGGCCCAACCACCGGAUCGGUCAUCUAGGGAUGACGGCAAUAACCCUCCCCUUCCUAUUUCGGACAUGCAUGUAAUGUUUACUUUCGUGGGGAGCCCGUGGGAGACAGAUGAUUCAUGUUGUCCUUUCCUUUUAUUUUUCUCUUCCGAGGUUUUCUUUUUGUAAGUUAAGAAACACAUCAGUGGUGGUUUGGCAACUUUGCAUUUUGUGUUUCCAUGCUUUGCUACAGUUGUAUAGUUUGGUUUUCUUGACUCGUUAAUUGUGCUUAUUUUAUUUUGGUAAUUUGGAUCUGCUGGUUUUUCU